CUGCAGCCUGCGGGGACGGACUGUGGCAGACAGAGGACGCAGCUGUCACAUGCUGGAUGUGCGGUAACUCCGAGCGAUCCCGUGGGGUGAACGAUUGAGCAGAGGGACUUAUUUCGUUAAACCCCGGAAAUGCUUUUCGAUACCAGACAAAACCACCCAGUCGUGAUAUAAGUUAGACGCUCUCGAAGUUGGGGUCCGCGAGGACGCGCCGCCCGGACUGGAGCACGCUCGCUCGCUCGCUCGCUGUGGGUAUCGUUACCAGUUGCCGGGGAGACGAUAGUUAAGCGGAGGAAAAAAAAAAAAAGCAACGACGGGCCGCUCUUCAAGAAGUGCGGACAGCCACCUGUAAACCCUCGCCGGGAAAUCCACCCCACCGGGCGACUGAACCCCUCGGAGCCGGAGAGGACGUCGGAAGAAGGCGAGGCUCGGAGCAGCAUGGUUACCACAAAGGGAGCAGGUCUGAAUCCCAAUGCUAAAGUGUGGCAGGAGGUGCCUGCCCACCAGAAUCAAAUCCCAGAAGGGAUGGAGGAUUCUCCUUGGCUGCAGACCUACCCUCCUCCUGCUGAGAUGACCAACAGUUACCCAGACGUUCCUUCUUCAGGGGCUCAAGGAUUGGACAAUGAAUUUCCCGACGGUGCUGCUGACUUUGCAGCAGUAGCUACAGAGGAUAAUGAGAAUGGCCUCAACCAGCCUGACAUGGGUUUUCUCGUCUUUGACCCACAAAGUGACUCAGCCGUAGAUUGUGAUGUUUCUAAGGAACAACCCAUGUCUGAGGAGAACCUAAGAGACUCUUUGAAGAAACAGCUUGAGUUCUGCUUUUCUAGGGAGAACCUCUCUAAGGACCUUUACCUAAUAUCCCAGAUGGACAGUGAUCAGUUUGUUCCCAUCUGGACCAUCGCUUGCAUGGAGGACAUCAAAGCCCUCACCACUGACAUGGACCUCAUUGUGGAUGUACUGCGAGCCUCUCCCAUGGUGCAAGUUGACGAAAGUGGAGAGAAGGUUCGGCCGAACCACAGUCGCUGUAUCAUUAUUCUGAGAGAGGUGCCAGAAAGUACACCAGUUGAGGAGGUGGAGGCUCUUUUUAAGAGUGAAAACUGUCCAAAAGUGUUAUGUGCUGAGUUUGCACAUAACAGCAAUUGGUACAUAACAUUUCAGUCAGAUAUGGAUGCACUACAGGCUUUCAGAUACCUAAGAGAGGAAGUGAAAAUGUUCCAGGGAAAACCAAUCAUGGCCCGCAUUAAGGCCAUUAACACAUUCUUUGGUAAGAAUGGCUUCCGCAGCGUCGACUCGAGUGUGUACAGUCAGCCAGCCCAACCACAGGCCCAGUAUGGCUCCCCUGUCUACAUGCAGCAGGUGUACAGCCCCCAGCAGCAGUACCCUGUUUAUCCUGUGGUGUCACCCUCGUGGAACCCCUCAGUCGUGCCUUACUUUGAAACACCACUGGCACCCUUCCCUAAUGGUGGAUUCAUGAAUGGUUACAACAGUCCCGGGAACUACAAAGCAAACUCCAUCAACACCCAUCGACCCAUGAGCAGGAACCGAAACCAUGUGAAGGGUCACCACAGGCCUGCUGACGGACACUCGACUUCUCCUUCUUCUUCUCUGGCUCUGGGGGCCCUGAUGGAUGGCCUGCCUGGUCCCACGAGUCCACAGCCCCUCCAGACACCAGGGACACAGAGUGGCACCACUUCAGAGCCAGUCUCUCUGCCCUCUUUCAGCUUUAGAGACAAUUAUCUACCUGCCACUGGAGAUCUGAACGGGGGUGGACGGGGAAGGAGAGGAAGCCACCGAGGCAUGAGGAGGAAAAGAGAAGAUGAACUCACCAUGCGUCCUGUCCCUUUGAUGGAGGCCAAGGUAUCACCUCCACCAAAGUUUGACCUGGCAGCUUCAAAUUUUCCUCCUUUACCGGGAUCUGUGGUCAGUAUGCGUGGAGAAGCAGCACCAGAGAUGCGCCUCUCUGAUGUUGUACGUGGCCUAAAGGUGACCAACAAGUCUGUGAGCCAAGAAGUUAAUGAAACCCGAAACACACCCGCAUCGGAAGAGCCUGUGAACACACCAGAUCCUGUGGCUCCAGCUGCUGAACCUGCUCCUGUGGCUCUGCAAACCGAGGCAGCACCCACCUCAUGUGAUUCUUCUUCAGUAAAAGAAGAGGAUGAAGCUGAACAUCCCCCUCCAGAAGAAACUAUCUCUUCGCCUGUGCAGGCUGUUACUCCUGCAGAACCAGAACCUGUCCCCUCCACCUGCAGCCCCACUGUUCCGACAGAAACCCCUUCUCCAUCUCCCUCAACUCCUACAUCUGAGCUGGGGCUAAGGAAGCUCAGUUAUGCAGAGGUGUGCCAGAGACUGGCCCAGGACAAGCCACCAGCACAGAUGCCCUCUCCCUCACCUCCUGCAUCUUCAGCUGGCCAACCCCUGCAGGAGCUCAAGGUCAACAGAGGUGAAGAACCUUGCCCCAACAAUAGGCGCACUACAGACAAACCAGAGAAAAAUGGAGAGAGUCGGCCGCCUCGUCAACCGUUACGCUCCUUCAGGGGGGUGAAUGGCCAAGCCAGAGCGGGAGGUGCAGGGCUGAAACUCCGUGAGCAUCAGAUAGGCCUGAAUACUGGCAAACCGUUUACUCCACAGCGGGGCGCCAGACGCAGUGGCAAGGAACAGAACAUUCCCCCAAGGUCACCAAAAUAACUGAAGGAAAAGGAACCUUUUAAAACAUGAACUGAAACAGAAAUACAAACAAAUAUAUGUAAAUAUAUAAUAUAUGUAAAUAGACAGAUGAAUAUAUUUCAUUUGAAAGACUUUGUCCAAGAAUCUCAUAACAUUGUUGCAGACCUGAAAUUAUUUGAAGACUCAAAAUAGAUUUUCCAUUUUGGAAAAUGCAAAUUGCCGCCUUAUGGAAUUGUAGAUGGGGUGAUGAAACAUACUUUGCUUAAAGUAGUAUCACCGUAUGUGUGUGUGGGCACACGUUUGAGAGAGUGCGAGGUAGAAGGAGGGAUCUUGGAUCUUUUUAAUGAUAUGGUGUUCUGACAUUAAGCUUUGUCAAAAUCCAAAAACACAGUAAGGCACAUCUGAUUUCUAUAUGGGUGGUUAAUGUUCGCAUGUGAUUCAUCUUCAGCUUCAUCCAAUUUAAAAAAAAAAAAAAAAAAACAACUCGUAUCAAGGAUUUAUGGUUAUUUAUGGAAUGGAAGAUGAAUCCUCUGCAAAAUAAUAGAAAACGGUGGUCUGUUUGAUUAACCACCGAAGGUGUGAACUCUGAGGAGUAGCUCUAAUUGAAUAAAUGAAAAGGAUUUUGGAAUUUAUUCUCUACAAGUAAGACUCAGUUAUAUGGAGUCAAAACAUUGUGUCAUAUAAUGAUUAUAAACAUUUUGAAUGUUUGGGCAGUGGUGAUGCAGAUAUUAAAGCACUACUGCUAACAUUUAAAGUAACAAAUGUAGUAUAAGAAGUAGAUUUUCUUAUGUUAUCUUUGCAUGAGUGAGUCAUGAUUUAAAUCGUUUUCACGAUUCAGUAUGUCUUCUAAUAUCACUUGCUUAACUUUAUUAGAUGUAAGCAGGACCAGAAAGGCUGUCUGUGUUUUAUCUAAUGGUGUCUCAUAAAUCAAAAUUAACAGGUUAGCCUGACAACUUUGGUUUCAGCCUUACUUUGCUCAAAACCUUGAAACUUGGACUAGUUAAAAUUCCAGAUCUCCCACUGAUUACUGUUACGAAGUUCUGUAUUUUUUGAACAGGAUAAUGGAUGUUCAAGAAUCAUUGGUAACUAAGAUCUGCAUGUGACCUGUUAAAACACAGAUGGUUCACAAGUUGUUUUUCUUUCAGUAGAAAUGUGUCAUGCCUUGAUUAAAGUAGCUGUGUGAUGGAUCAUGCUGUGGCCAGUGUCCUCUUGAUUAGAUGACACUGCCUUCUCAUCACUUCAGCUGAAUGUAGUUUGCUCAUGCAAAAACCAUGUCUGAGCUUGAUUUAGUAAAUGUCUUGUAUGUAUUAGCUUCCUUAAAUGUGUGUUCAUACAGGUUUAGAUUUGAUCUGCGUUAUUUCUGUGCUCGUUUUCCGUCUUUAAAUUUCAUUUUCUAAUCCAAUUUGAAUGUUUUUCUUUCCAUGGUUUUCAGCGUUCCUGUAAAAAGUGUUAAAUGUUGUGUAGACUGAUCUGAGAAAAUAUUACUUUGUCAUUGACAACUGAGUUGAAUACUGAUCCGUUCAGUCAGGGCUCACGGCUUAACAAUGAGCAGAGCAAACCUGUUCCUGUAGUGGUGUGAACUCAAAUGCACUAUCCUGUGAUCUCAAGGUUUUUAAUCAUAACAGAAGAAAUGGAAAUGUGUUGAAAUGCUGAACUUGUGCUUCAAUGUGUUUUUCAUUUAAUCUGAAGAGCCUGUGCUGCUGCAAAUAGAAAUGAACAAAAGUUGAGUGAAGGUAAAGAAUAACACAUUUAAGGUUUAGGGGAAUUACAAAUUGCCUUAGAUAUGCGUUUUAGUCCUUCAUUUGUAGGGAAUUUGCUGUAGUAUACAGUAUUUUGUUUAUUGUAAUAAGUAGUUAAGUGGUCUCCUGUGUACAGUCUAUAGUAUGUCCGUCUGUAUCUGACAAUGUGUAAAGUUGGGUGUUGGUGAGAGACCGAUUGUUUCUGCUUCAGACUACAUCGAACUGUUAUCUCAAACCAAACCUCCAGUGCCUUAACAGUGUUUGAUUCCAACCAAAAAAGUGCGAGAUUUUUGGGCACGUCACUUACACUGAUUGAGGCUGUCCAAAUCCAACAUGGUCAGUUCACGGCACUUGGAGACACCAGAUCCGAUCCAAUAUAAAUCUCAGUUUAUUGUAGCUGCAGCUGAUUGGAGUGGAGCUUAAUGUCUAUGUGCAUGCUUGUUGUCCAUCGUUAGCUGUGUAUGAUACAGUUAAUUUUGUUAGCUUGUCAACGCAAUAUCAGUCUAAUAUCCUGCUUCUAACUGUUACAGGCAAACAUGGAAUUGCAAAUUUAGUAAGUCAAGUACACACUGGUCUAUCAAGUGAAUAUUUUAUUACUGAGCCUGAUGUAUGAAAAUAAAGAUUUAUUUUUAAACA